CAAUUCUCUAUUCGUCGAUCCAUCCGGUAAGUGUAUCCAUUCAGUAGUGUGUGUUUUUUGUGUGUAAAAUCGGUCAUCCAUGGGUUCGACGGAGAAGUACGACUUGGAGAACGGAGAAAUCGCGAAAUCGAUUUCUGUUGUGAAAACGAGAGAAUCGUUGUUACGAACGAGAUCUGAGACCGAUGUUUUAUCUUCCGUUAGGUUUCGGUUAUUCAGAAUUUUUUUCGAGAAUGUUCGACAAGUCAUAUUUGGAACCAAGCUUUUCGUGCUUUUUCCGGCUAUUCCAAUGGCGUUUGUCGCUCAACGUUACAGUUACGGUAGACCAUGGAUUUUUGCUUUGAGUUUGAUUGGGCUUACUCCACUUGCGGAACGUCUGAGCUUUCUCACAGAACAGAUUGCAUACUUCACAGGCCCUACAGUGGGAGGACUGGUGAAUGCUACAUGCGGGAAUGCAACAGAGUUGAUAAUAGCAUUGUUUGCUCUCCAUAAAAGGAAAAUUCAUGUUCUGAAAUACUCUCUUUUAGGUUCCAUCAUCUCAAACCUCCUCCUUGUUCUUGGCUCCUCUCUCUUAUGUGGCGGCAUAGCCAACCUCAAUAAAGAACAAAAUUUUGACCAUAAGCAGGCGGACGUGAACUCGUUGGUGCUCUUACUUGGGCUGCUUUGCCAGACUAUGCCGUUGCUAUUUAAUUUCCGCAGCAUGGAGGCAUCCAAAUCAGAUGGCAAUUCGGUUCUCCAGUUGUCAAGAGCAACCAGCAUUCUGAUGCUGCUUGCAUAUGUUGCUUACCUCUUCUUUCAAUUGAAAACCCACAGCCAAUUUUUUGGAUCACAACAGGAUGAAGGCGAGGUCGACGAAGUGCUUGAUAAGGAGACAGCAGCAAUAGGUUUUUGGAGUGCAUUUAUAUGGUUAUGUUUGAUGACAAUAAUCAUCUCCGUCUUGUCCGAGUACGUUGUGGGCACAAUUGAGGAUGCAUCAGAAACUUGGGGAAUCUCCGUGAACUUCAUCAGCAUAAUUGUGCUACCCAUUGUUGGCAACGCAGCAGAGCAUGCUGGAUCUAUUAUAUUCGCCUUCAAGAACAAAUUGGACAUAUCUUUGGGUGUCUGUAUGGGUUCUGCAUCUCAAAUCUUGAUGUUUGUGGUUCCUCUAUGUGUGAUUGUUGCUUGGAUAAUGGGAAUACCAAUGAAUCUUGAUUUUGGAUUUCUUGAAACUGGUUGUCUCGCCUUCUCAAUUCUCCUUACAGCCUUCUCCUUGCAGGAUGGAAGUUCACACUACUUGAAAGGAGUAGUUCUUGCCCUUGCCUAUAUAGCGAUUGGGGCAUGCUUCUUUGUUCAGCGUCUUCCUUUUGAUGAUGGACGGAAUGGCAACAAAUUGGGAAGUCAAAAUGAAUCGUCAUUUGUGGUUUGAUGAUGGAGGUGUGCAUGGUAUUUAAAUUAAGCCUGUGAAUGGAGUUGUGGUUAGUGAAAGGUAGAUAAUUGGGUCAUUUUUGGUGUAUUUGUCUUUGUUAAUUUCAUAGGUUAAUUGCAAUUAAUGUAAAAGCUUGCCUGCCUGCCAAA